ACAAAUGUUUAAUUCAAGCUGUCAAAUUUCUCGUAACUUAUUUUUUUCAGGUGCUAUUUGUUAGCGGGUGGGUAUAAUUUGUGGAACGUUCCAACAGGAAUCUGUUCCAAAAACUGCGGAAACAAGGUUGCCAACAAACACCGCAUACAAAGUUGAUACUGGGUAGGGAGUGGGUUAUUUAAUUAAUGAAUGUUUCACUCACCACAUUUAUUCCGAAAAAUGUAUGUCCUCACUCUGGUAGCCUAUGGACAAACAUUAAGAAUAAACUACGUGGGCAGUAUGGCUUAUUCUACCAACCCCAGGGCUCACUCCCCAAACUAGAAUUCCGGUAUCUCAACUGCACGUGCUGUUGGAGGAGUCGGAUCCCAGUCGCAGGCUUUGAAACCCUUAAUGACACCCUCUCUUCAUCUACUACUAUUUGCGACGACAAGUCGCUGGACGCAUACUACACGUCAGAGCAGCGAGAUAUCAUUCUGCAGCUCCUCAACAAUGCGGCAGAGUCGGAGCUUGCUGCUGUCAAGCUCCUUCGUGGCCGCAAGUCUGUCAACAUUGUGGAAUACAGGACUAGAAAUGGACCUUUUAAAAAUCUCGAAAGCGUCAUAAAUGUGCCUCUUCUGAAACACAAAAGUGCUGUCAUUGUCUUCAACUCCAUCCUCAACCCUCCGGAGAAGAAGGAGAAAAGAAAAGUAAAGAUCCAGCUAGCCAAGUUCAUCAGACCAGAGGUGGAAAGGACCUGGCUAGAUGAAGCAAAUUCCAUAGUGUCCAUUGUGUGUGGAGUGAAUAAAAUAGCCUGGGCGCACAUGGAUCGUGGCAUGAACGUGUUGGAGUGGAAACAUGAGGAUUGCCACAACUUUCUGAAGGGAACCUACAUGGCUUCUGCCUACUUGGAUGACAUUUCCAUUGUGGUAUCCAAUCUCCCCAAGGCUGACUUCUUCGUUGUGGAAAAGCCAUCAAUCUCCCUUCAGAACACUGCCCUGUACCCAGUAAUGGCUCACAUGCGUACAGUGGAGGCUAUGCUGUUUGCCCUGCUGGAGCCCCGCUACACCCAGCCUGACAUCACUGCUCCACCCAAGGUGCUCAACAUGAUGCGCACCGCCGUCGGCCGCCAUUUUGGCCUCAUGGUGGGUGACUCCCGCACUAGCGGGGCCCAGGCGGUGCAACGGAUGAUGACGGAGUCAGUGACUCAGAAGAUUCCGAGGGUGACAUUCCCUCACAACCUGUUGGUGAAAUACAGGAACUCCUUCCAGAUGGGCGGGCGGAGUCGGGGGGAGGAGCUGUGUGACGCCAUGUUGCAGGCUGUGGCGUUUUACGAGCUACUCAGUGAAUCGAGUUAAUGUUACAGCGACAAUUUCCACCAGACUCAAACUGGUUGACUGUGUACGUGACCUGGUGGGGUCGAAGUUCAAAGAGCUAACCAGAGAGACCUGCAUAUUGGAGGCUUGAUGUAAAUUGACACUAGCUUACAUUAAAUGUAUACUACAGCACUUCCCACCUGUAGACUCAGAUGGUAUUGCACUUGAGGUCAGUUCAGGCCCCAGCAGCUGAACUCAAGCCUCUCCUCGUAUAGAUACCACACAUCAUGUUCUUCACUUUCUCAUUAAUAGAAAUGUUCUCAGGGCCACUAGUAAAGCAGAAUAAGCUUGAAUAUGUACAGUGAUGAUUUGUCACAUGCAUCUGUACCUUUGUGGGCAAAUGUUUAAUGCCUUCAAAGCCUGAAAUACCACUGAUUUUAAACACCAACUCACUGAACCAGAUUAAAAUAUAAAGUAACAAAUA